AUGUCACCCACGUGGUUCCGGAAAGGCAUCGACCCAGGCACUAUCAUCACCCUUGAUCAACCCGAGACUUCGAAAUGGAAAGUUGUGAAGAAGUUGAAUGAGUAUGAUCACCAGCUUGACGAAGACCGGCGUCGCCUUGGUUUUCACUUAUCCUUCGCCUGCACCAAACUCCUCUGUUGCGAUCCUGAAGACCAUACAAAGCUUGCCUUCAUGCGAAUUUACCUGCAAGUCCCCUUUCGCGGUACUGAAAUGGAUGAUGCACGAACGAGAGCCAGCCAGGCCAUGAAACGCACCCCGCAAGAGCUAAUCGCCUAUCAAGACCUUACUCAGAAACCAAGCAAUACCCCAAAGCUCUUGGGACACAAAACUACCGUGCAGGGCAAAUCAGGUCUAGUCCCGGGUGGGUUCGCGGUCUGGUUGGUGUGGGAGAUGGUGCCAGGGCUGCGCCUUGGCAACAAGAAUGAGCCCGAUCCAUUCUGGACUCUUAGUGAUAGUGAAAGAGAAGAAAUCCGCGUUUCGUUUGUGAAGACUUUCGCUGAGAUGAGGGAGGUUGGGUAUCUCCCUGAUAAGACUGCGCUUAGUAGCCUAGUCUGGCACAAGGACUCAAACACCCUUUACUUCAUUGGAUUUCGCGAUUGUAAUUUUGGCCAACCCAAAGGCCCGGUUGUGGCUGCUAAAUGGGUAGCGCAUUACGGGCUCGCGAUACCAAACUCCAAUGAAUGGCUUAAGAAGGGAUGGAAUCAGGAUACCUCAGCCUGGAAAUGGUAG